CCAUGGCCCCCAUGGAGGGAGUGAUAAAGAGACAUGUAGAAAGCCAAAAGAAGGCUCAAGUGACACUUGUAGUCUGUCUCUUUCCCUCUCUCUAUCUCAUUUUGGCUCUCUGCCUCCUUCUUUCUGGCUGUGUCUCGACCCAAGACAGAUGAAGGUUUGGCGGUAGCAGAGGAAAUGCUUUUGGCCAGAGGGUAGCAAAGAGAAAAGUGAUUUUGAAACCUGCUCUGUGAAGUAUGGUCCAUGUGAAGGAGUUGCAGUUUGAACGUCUCACAAGGGAACUGGAAGCCGAACGACAGAUUGUUGCAAGUCAGUUGGAGAGAUGCAAGCUUGGCUCUGAGGCUGGAAGCAUGACAAGCAUCAGCUCAGCAGAGGAGAAAUUUCGCUGGAACAACCAAGCAGAUGGACAGAAGGACAUAGAGGAGGAGCUGACAACAGGCCUGGAGUUGGUGGACUCCUGUAUAAGAUCGCUACAGGAAUCAGGCAUUUUGGACUCACAGGACACUUCUACCGGAGAUCGACAAGGACUUCUCUCACAUAGCGCUCUGCAGCUCAACAACCAGGAUGCCUAUGCAGCUGCCGGUUACCAUAGUAACCAAGCCAUGGCGCUUGGUGAAGUGGUCACGGGUCGCAGCGGACAUGUCGGUGGGGCUGUUCACAGCUACAACCAGGUGACUUCCAGCCGGGCAGCUGCCCAAUUGAUGGGGACAGACUCUCCCUCCCAAUCCCAUAGAGAUUCAUUUGCCCAGCAGGCCAUUGGAAGCGCUUUCCACAUGCCAAGUGAGGGUGGACCUGCGCCUUCUGGACCAUCCAUGUAUUACUCCUGUGCCACCUUGCCUGCACAGCGUGUAAGCUCCCCGCUGCAGGUGAUGGGUUCUCCUACCAAGUUGCAGCGCUUGGGUUCAGCCUCGUCUGACAUGCCCAGCUACGCCACACUACAGCGGGUGUCAUCACCCAAACAGUCCCCAAGUCGACUUGCCAAGUCAUACAGCACCUCAUCACCCAUCAACAUGGUGCCACCGGGUGCCGGUGUCCCCUCUUCCCCACUUUCCAUGGCAGCCCCGUCAGGAGGAAAUCACAACUCGUCGCCUAUCCACCAACUUGGCUCAGUAGUGGGCAGCUACGCCACCUUGUCACCCACAAAGCGCAUGCUGCAUCACAUCGGAGGAGAAACAUAUAAGAUUUCCCAUGAGCUGUACGCAAAUGCAACCCUGAAAAGGCCUGGGAGUCUGGCAGGCUCCAGAGGUUCCUACAGCAGCCAGCACAGCCACCUGGGCUCCGAGUUGCGAGCACUGCAGUCUCCUGAGCACCACAUCGAUCCCAUCUACGAAGACAGAGUCUACACCAAACCCAACCUAAGAGGACAAGCCCCACAUUCCCCCAGUGUCGACCCAAUCCCCUUGCAGCGAACGGGAAGCCAGAGUGCCGCCUCCACUUUCCAAAGAGGAAGCUUCGCUACAGGAGGUGGACCUGACUACAGCAAUCCGUACCGCACGUUGCAGUUUUGCCCGUCCACCGAGUCGCCUUACAGCAAGUCAGGCCCGGCCCUCCCUCCCGAAGUGACCCUGGGUCGCUCUCCAUCUGUGGACAGUAUCCAGAAGGACCCAAGGUACGACCCUGAAUUCCUUGUGUGGAAUCAAAAUCAAGCCGAGCAAAGAAUGACAAAAGAGUUUGGUUGGAGGGAUCCAGAGCUGCCUGAGGUGAUCCAAAUGUUACAGCAUCAGUUCCCAUCAGUCCAGUCUAACGCUGCCGCCUACCUCCAACACCUUUGCUUUGGAGACAACAAGAUCAAGUGUGAGAUCCGGAGACAGGGGGGCAUUCAGCUUCUGGUAGAUUUGCUGGACCACCGAAUGACCGAUGUGCACCGCAGCGCCUGUGGAGCUCUUCGGAACCUGGUCUACGGGAAGGCUAAUGACGACAACAAGAUUGCACUAAAAAACUGUGGAGGAAUACCAGCUCUGGUCCGACUUCUCCGGAAGACCACAGACGUAGAGAUCCGAGAGCUCCUUACAGGUGUCUUAUGGAACCUCUCAUCAUGUGACGCUCUGAAAAUGCCUAUCAUCCAGGAUGCCCUUGCUGUUCUUACCAAUGCUGUGAUCAUCCCUCACUCGGGCUGGGACACCUCCCCUCACACGCAAGAAGACCGCAAAUUGCAUCUCCACUCCUCCCAGGUUCUCCGCAAUGCCACCGGCUGCCUCCGCAAUGUGAGUUCUGCAGGUGAGGAAGCCCGCAGGAGGAUGAGAGAGUGUGAGGGUCUGACAGAUGCUUUGCUGUAUGUCAUCCAGACUGCACUGGGGAGCAGUGAGAUUGACAGCAAGACCGUUGAGAACUGUGUGUGCAUCCUGAGGAACUUGUCGUACCGUCUGGCUGCAGAGACAUCUCACAAUCAACAAGGGGGUUCUGAGGAGCUUGACGGUCUGUUAUGUGACACUGGUGGGAAAGACGCAGAGAGUUCGGGAUGCUGGGGCAAGAAGAAGAAGAAAAAGAAGGGACAUGACCAGUGGGAUGGUGUAGGUCCAUUUCCAGACUUGGCAGAACCCCCAAAAGGCAUUCAAAUGUUAUGGCAUCCCAGUAUUGUCAAGCCCUACCUUACCUUGCUGUCUGAAUGCUCCAACCCAGACACCCUGGAGGGAGCAGCUGGUGCUCUGCAAAACCUUGCUGCUGGGAGCUGGAAGUGGUCAGUCUAUAUCCGGGCUGCAGUGCGUAAAGAGAAAGGCCUUCCUAUCCUUGUGGAGUUACUGAGAAUAGACAAUGACAGAGUGGUCUGUGCCAUUGCCACUGCAUUGAGGAACAUGGCUCUGGACAUUAGAAACAAGGAGCUUAUCGGUAAAUAUGCCAUGAGGGACCUGGUGCACCGAUUACCUGGUGGCAGUACCAACAACAACAGCAGUAGUGGUGGAGGAAGUGGCAGUGGGGGUACCAACAGUUGUGCUCUAGUGGGAAAGACCAUGUCGGACGACACGAUCACAGCUAUCUGCUGUGCUCUACAUGAGGUCAUCACAAAAAAUAUGGAGAACACCAAAGCCCUGAGGGAUGCCGGGGGCAUAGAGAAGCUCAUUGGUGUCGCCAGAAGCAAAGGAGACAAAAUUCCCAGACAUAGUCCGAAAGUAGUGAAAGCUGCUUCUCAAGUUCUGAACAGCAUGUGGCAAUACCGUGACCUGCGCAGCCUUUACAAAAAGGACGGCUAUUCUCAAUACCACUUUAUCGGCUCCUCUUCCACAAUAGAAAGGGACAGGCAGCGGCCUUAUUCCUCUUCUCGUACGCCGUCUAUCUCUCCUGUAAGGACCUCGCCAAACAAUCGAUCAGCAAGUGCGCCAGCAUCACCGAGGGAUAUGUUGGCGUUGAAGGAGAGGAAGGCCGACUACGAAUUGAGCGGCAACGCCACCUACCGCGGCAACAAGGGUGAACACACAUCUCGCAAGGAUGCCACGAUGGGUCAACACUCCAGCGGGUCUUCAACUCUCCACAGAGGAGCGUAUGUGUCACCAACUGAAGACCUGAAGUAUAAUCAGGUCUCAUCUCAAGGAUUGCCUUCAGAGCCCUACCCGCCUUUCCAAAAUCCUCCCCCAAAUGACAGCAGUAACUACGAGGACCAGGCCUUCUACGAGAGCCAGGUUCACGCAGGGGGACGGCCCCCGCAAGGUGAACUCAACAUGCACUUGCAGGGCCUGAAGUCCACCGGAAACUAUGUAGACUUCUACUCUGCCUCUCGGCCCUAUAGCGAGCUCAACUAUGAGACGAGCCACUAUCCAGCCUCACCAGACUCCUGGGUCUGAGGGGAGCGGAGAUGAGUGGGGAGCAGACAAGGAGGUUGACUAGUUUAAAACAUAAAGUAGGAAUGAUAACCUACCUCCCUGUUCUUUAGUUCCUAAGUAGCAUCAUAGGUAGCAGGACAUCCACUUGCAAGUUGGUGACCAAGAGAGGAUGAAGAAAACUGAACGGACACAAAACUCCUUCAAGAGACUUUAAGGGGAGGAGGAUCAGGAGGAGGCAAAGAAGGAUCAGAGGGGGGCAGAAAAGAGGCCUUGCAUGUGCAUGCACACCACCAACAAAACUGACAGACAUUUCUUUCUGUGUUUAGUUUGUGACCAAACCACAAGAAAGCCUGGCGGAUUGAAAGCUAAAGACGUGCUGCACUUGAAGGCAACACGUGGAUACAGAAUGUGCGGGGUGAAGACCUGAAUAUUCACAAUUCAUUCACAAGAACAAUCGGUGGAAAACAUAUUGAGGGGGAAUUUGAAUGAGGAAAGAGGGAAAGAUUCCUGAAAGCAUAUGGAAGGUGUCACGGGUACCUGAAGAAAUGUUUGUAAAUAUGUAAUAUACUGUAGUAACAUGGCUUUUGGUAAUGUGAAGCACAAGGGGCAAAGCUGUAGGACAUGUGGGACAUCUGAUACACAAACUUUGUUUCUCUCUGUGACUUCAGCGUGAUGGUGUAUCCUCCUCCGGGAAAAGAUUGCUUUUGGACGUUGUCAUUUGUAACAGUAUCUUUUUUUUCCCUCUUUUUUUUUGAUGUGUGUUUCUACUUUAUAAAUUCUUGGUUGUAUAGUAUUUGAUGUACACUGUACAUUUCCUGGCGAUGCAUUGUGUAUUUGUACAUUGCACUACUACCUGUGUCAGGCCUGCACCACUUGGGCCCAGCUCACCUCUUCACUAACUAUCCUGUCACUAUACCCUACACACACACACACACACGAGAUACGGACACAGUAUCAAUUGUACAAGACACAGUAAAAAUGCCUAUCAAAGCAUAAAUUACAGUGGGUCGCAGUGCUCCACUUACUGCCUUACAUGUAUAUCCAGUACCGGUGGAUCUACUCAACAUGCAUACAUUCAUAUGGUGGUUUGUUUUUUUCAGGUAAAUAAAAUAUUACUGCGACAUAUUGUUAACUGUACAAAAAUAGCUCAGCCAGAUACUGGAUUAAAGUGAAAGGACUAAGGUUUUCAUGUUAAUACGAUUGACUUUUUACAUUCAUUUAAGUGCUUUUCUGGAUUGUUAUAAAGUUGAACACGAUUACUCGCAAUUGUCAUAUUUUUCAUUGUUAGAUUUUGUUACUUUCUUGUGUCAUUUCAUGAUAACAGGUUCAACAAAUUCAACAUUUCCACAGUCCAUUCACUUUAACUCAAAAUAUGGCCAGGCUACGAAUAAUAAAGGACUGAACUGUAUGUCAUCAAGAUAGAGACAUGCUAUAGUUGUCAAUGUCAAAUCUACCAUGGAAUUCAUAUUUUAGCUGCUGCCAAUUCGUUUUGUCUUUAAAUGAUAACAUUAAUGUAGCUUUAAUAAAGCCUCACCAAGAGUUACUGAUAACAUGCAAGUAAAUCAUAAUUAUUAUAUAUAGAUUUAGAUGCAUUAUGUAAGCCAUAUUCAAUUAUGAUGACAAACAUUUUAUGAUGAGUUUGCAAAACGGUGCAAUGUUAGAUGCAAAACUAGAUACUCUUUAUAAAUAUACUACUGAUUCCAUGAGGGUAAUUAAGGAACACGUCAAACUGGAUAACUUAACAAAACAACCAAGCUGGGCAUGCAAAAAAAAAAAAAAAUCUCAAUUGUAAGCAGAUCUAAGAAUCCCAUCAAAGCAUAGCAGCCUCGUGUUUGUAUAGUUUUUAUUUUAUUUUCAAAAAAUAUUCAUCAACAGCACAACACCCCUUUUAGAGCCAGUGAGCUCUUUCGUCAUUUUCGAGCUCAGUGUGUACAUAAUAGUGCCAAACAAGGUUUCUGCCACCCCACCCCCAACUCCGGAGGGCAGGGAACACAUUGGAUUCUUUAGUUGGGACAUCUUUGUGGUUUUAACUUUACCAGUUUAUAAUAGUUUAGUUUUUCUGUUUCCAUUUUUUAAAAAGUACUGCUUACGGUACUUACUGCAAGUACUGUACUAUUGACAUGAAAGUUGUGUAACUGCACUGGGACCAGAGGGAAUUACAUUAAAAAAAAUAAAAAUAAAAUUAAAUGAAACGAUUGUAUUAAAGCAAAGAAAAGAGAAUUGUACAAAAAUUGUUUAUUUCUGUGUUAUAAAAUAAUCACUUGUUUGAAGUACAACAAACCUUUUAUGAGAAAUGUGUUACAAUGACUUCCUGGUAGACUAUUACUAAUAGAGUAUGAAUAUAUAUUAUAUAAAUAUAUAGUUGUGGAUGUCACAGCAGCAACAUUCUGAAAAAACGACUAUGUAGGAUGUUCACUUUUUACUUGCCUGGUCAACACACUGAAUUUUGUCGACUUUUCUGUGGUAACGUUGCUAUGUGGAGUAGAUUAGCUCAAGGCUUGCGGAUCCAAACAAAAAUCAUUCCAAAAGUUCUUGAAACUGGAACAUCAGACGUGAGCCUACACAAAUGAAAUCAUUACAAAUUUGAAUUUGUUCCCUCCCUCAAAACACAAUCUGGUUGAUCGGUGGCAUUAACCUAAACUGAGUGCAUGGAAAUUUCGUCUCAAAUGAAGCUGAAACCAAAUUGUGAUGUUCAUUUCUUUUUAUCUGGGACAAUUAUACAAUGUGACAAAGCUCGGUUUCUCCUUGUUAGCUGUUUUUGGAACGCCGAUAGCCCUGGGAAAAGUUGCAUUGUAUUUGUUGACAGAUUCUUGAUAACGUUGUGUAUGUUAUUGUGACCCUGUGGAAGUAAAACCAACAGUAAGGACUUUGUAGAGAUAUGACAUUGGUGGUUUCCAAAACAAAUAUGUUUUAAAAUGAGAAUUGUGAAUCUUUAUAUGCCUCAAACUGAUUGCAACUGCUCCAAAAUACAAAUGGUCCAU